CUCUGUCUUCACAUAUCUUCUGUAAAACAUAUCUAUCUUCCCAAAUCACUUGUUAAAAAUAAUCUUACAAUAGUUACAUAUAACAAUAUGAAGACAUUUAACGUCUUGCAUCUUCUGCUUGUUCAAGUCAUUGUCCUUUUGCCUCUCCUUUGUUUAUCUGAUGACUUUGUUAGCUCUAGAGCUACUUAUUAUGGCAGCCCCGAUUGCAAAGGAAACCCUCGAGGAGCAUGUGGGUAUGGAGAAUUUGGAAGAGAUAUCAAUAAUGGUGAAGUGAGUGGUGUUUCAUCGAGACUAUGGAACAAUGGAACUGGAUGUGGUGCUUGUUACCAGGUGAGGUGCAAAAUACCUCCGCACUGCAACGAGGAAGGAGUAUACGUAGUAGCUACGGACUAUGGAGAAGGACAUGGCACAGACUUCGUUUUUAGCCCUAAGGCUUACGGACGUAUGGCGCGGCCAGGCACAGAGGAUCAGCUAUAUUCCUUCGGUGUGGUCGACGUUGAGUACCAGAGGGUCCCCUGUAAGUACGAUGGGUACAAUCUGGUGUAUAAGGUCCAUGAGAAAAGCUAUAACCCUCAUUAUCUUGCCGUCCUUAUCUUGUACGUUGGUGGUGUCAACGACAUCCUUGCCGUUGAAGCCUGGCAGGAGGAUUGCAAAGAGUGGCGACGCAUGAGAAGAGUGUUUGGAACGGUUCACGAUUUGCAAAAUCCACCAAGAGGCACUCUCACUUUGCGGUUUUUAGUGUACGGAAGCGCCGGUAUCAAUUGGAUUCAAUCGCCAAACGCUCUUCCCGCCGACUGGACCGCAGGAGCCACCUACAACUCCAACAUUCUACUUACUUGAUUCCCUUUUGCUGCUCUUCACUAUAUCUUUCUCUGGUGUGUUUAUAUAUAAUAUAUGGUUUCUCAUGUGUAAUGGUUAUAUACAUAUUUAAAUAAUGCCCUCUAGAAUAAGGAUAACCAUCGAUCUAGAUUUAUUUAUAUAAA